AUGUUUGCUCUGAACACACAGCGGCUACGCAGAAGGCUCAGCGUGCCCACGUCCGGUUCGGUUCGAAGAAGGGCAAGGGAGCGUCGACGCGCUGAGCGCACUCGGCUAGAAGGCGAGCGAUUGGCCCGCGAGCGACGAGAGCAGAGGAGGAUAGAGAAGAUCGAACAACAAAAGAAGGCUCGCGAAGAGCUGGCGUCGUAUGAGCCUUGGGGCCGUGCGGGCGGCGGCGCGCCCAAUCCGCACGGCUUUCGCUUCAGCGAUCUACGUGCUAAAGGAAUUUACCCAGAAGACGAACUAAAGGGAACAUCAGUCUUUGAAGAAUGGCGCCGUUGGUCGUCACCGAAAAGGCGUCAACCACGCACGCCAAUACGUCUGCAUGAAGAUCCUCAGUUGUUCUUCGCAGAGCAAUUAAAGCGCGCGGUCGACAACGACAUUCGAUACAAACAGACAUCCGAUCAGCAGAGGAUAUACAAAGAAAUUUUAGAUGACAUGGUUGAUAAAAGGCAUAAAGCUAUUAGAGAUGAGAAGAGAAAAAACUUGGAGUAUGAACGUAAAAUGACAAACGGUAAUAAAUCAAAAAAUAGUCGAAGAAAAGACAAAUUUGUCAAAAGGCUGGGUAACGGCGAACUUGUGGUGAAAACGAUAAUUGACGAUGGUGUUGACAAUACUGAUGUAGCGAAUUCUAUAGAGAACAAACAAACCCCGGAAGGCGCGAUACUGAGAUUGACGGGAGGUAUAGAGCUGGUGCCCCUUUUGGCUAGACGCAGGCGCGUCGGCGCUCGUACUUUGCCCUCUAGUGACGUCACUCGACCCCCACAGCAAUCCUGUCAAUGGCGCGAAAUGUUCGACGUCGAUUAUUUAGGACAAUUGAAACACCAGAUGCGAGUGAAGUGCGAGCAGAAAGAGGAGAGUCGCCGAGCAUCGGCCGAGAGCGUGAGACUUCACCACGUCACUUGGUCGUCAUUAUGGGGUCGCCCAGGUCACGGCGCACCGCAGCAGCGUGGUCGCUACGCUAGAAACAACCUCGCCCAGCUUCUAUACGUUCCGCCGCUAACCGACACACGCGCCCAAAAC